AUGCUAAGCACGAUGCGUGGAGACAGUGGGGACUUCGGCAAUCCAUGGCAAAAGGCCCUAUCUUUCAUAGUCAACUUCGAGGAGGCUGCAGUGCAGCUAAACACCGCCAGCUACAGCGCAGCACCGCUGAUGUGGCGGCAGAGUAUUGAUUUGUUCAGGUAUCUUCAGGUAACGUGGCUUCAACUUGAUCUGCGAAGCCACACAGGUGUGCUUCAUACAGCCGGAACCACGUUGAAAUGGAUGUCAGCUCUCAGUUCUUUGACCUGCAUUCAGUGGAAUUCAAUCACUCCGGACACGGCUUGCUACAACAUACUGACCAAUGCUGGUGACCACUGGCGGUGGGUCCUGGCAAUGCUGGAGGAAACGCCAGAGCCGGACCACAUGAGCCUGAGUGCUGCCAUGCGAAUGUGCGACCAAUUUGACAUAUCCGUGGGAAAGAACCUCCUCAGCAGAUAUCAAAAUGAAUUUGCAUCAUUUGCACCAUCUGCAUCAUCUGCAUCAUCGUCCUCCAUCUCUGCAUCCAUUCUUUGGGCUAUGGCCAGGCUCACCGUUCAGGACCGAGUGCAAGUGUGCAAGAUGUGCAAGUCUUUGGCACAGGUUGGGUCAGUAGCGCUCCACGAUCUUCCAAAGCUUUGCUGGGCUGCGGGCACUUUGGGAGUUGCAAGCUCUAGCAUUCAAAGACAUCUGAAGCAUCUCCACAAGGUUUUGGACCAGCUGAGCAUGAAGGAACUCCAGCUUAUCUCAUGGGGAAGUGCGUCAGUGGCGCCUCACCUUUUGAUGGCAAUUCAGGGUGAGGUGAUCAGGCGUAUGGACCGCAUGGAAAGAAAUCGGGAUUUCGAGACGGAUGUGAAAGAUGCGAAGGAGGCUGAUUGCCAGAUUGAAGACAUCCUUGGAGUGCUUUGGGCAUGCAGUUUUGCUGAUUGUCUCAGCCAACACUUUCGAGAAGGUGCUUGGAAUUUGGUUGUGGAAGCAGGGCAACAUCGGGACAGAAUUCAAGAUGCAAAGGACGAGGGCACCAAGGCCCAAGUUGUGGCAUUGGGUAGCGGAGACGAUGGAGAUACAGACGUCGAGCCAUCCAUCACCCUUGGCCUUAUAGAUCGCGUGGUUGUUUCAAAGCCUCCAGGGUGGGAGGUUCAUGAUGCUGGCACGCCAAGACAGCUGCACACAUGGCUGAGAUCGUUGGGCAGUUGGCCCAUCCUUUGGGACCCAGAAUUUGACUUUGGAUUUUUGCAUCGCCUUGACGUACCUAGUUCUGGCUUGAUUCUGGUAGCCACAACUUAUGGGGCCUACUAUGAUUUGCAGCUUCAAUUGCGUUCUGGGAUGAUUGGCCGCGACUACGUGGUUCUAAACCAUGGCUGGCUGAAGCGAAGGAAAGUAGAUGCCAGGCUCCAUUGGAAAGGGAACUCGCCAACGCGAUCAGGAGGGCAAGGCAAGCCAUCACGGACGCGACUCUCUAAACUGCUUGCAUUGGCUGGGGCCACUGGCAGUACUUUUACAAUGAUGCUGAUUCGAGUCCUUACUGGCCGGAGGCAUCAAAUAAGAAGCCAUUGUAUGCACAUUGGGCAUCCCACUGUAAGCGAUGGAAGGUAUACCUCCGCGGAAACAUUUCAGUCAGACUCUGCAUUCUGUGCCAGAAACUUCUUGCACAGGUGGAGCCUCACGUUCCGGAAUGCAGAAAGAGAAGUCUACAAAACAGAGCUGCCUUUGCCGAUGGAUUUGCGAGAGGCUGCCAGCAAACUGACUUGUGUGGGAUCUUCACAGGCCAUCUCACCAAGCCCAAGCGCUGUCGAACCUCUGCCAUGGGAACCCUGUAUGGCGAAUGCUGCUGCCCUGCACACUGCAUUGAAACGCGUCCUGGGCGCUGGAACCAGUCCAACACGGGAGGAUGUAAAAGUAGCAAUAUUAUUCGGAGAGUUGGAGAGUCAUGCUCAAGACCCAAAGCUUGCAACAUGGAUGCUGAGCAAAUUGGCGCGUGCGGGCCGUCCUCGUGCAGCUCUGGAGCUUCUAGAUGUGCUUCAAGGGCAAAGAUUGCAGCUCAACGUCUACCAUUCAAGCUCAGCACUAACUGCUUGCGAGAAGGGCGGGCUUUGGCGCGAGGGCGCUACUUUGGUAGAGGAUAUGCAGCAAAAGGUAGUUGUGCCCAAUCAGCUCAGUUUCGGCGCGACCAUCAGUGCCUGCGAAAAGCUUGGUUUGUGGCUGCAAGCACUGGACGUGGUCCGCUACAUGAACAGAUUCGCAGGAAUUCUACCAGAUGCUAUCAGUUUCAGUGCUCUAAUCAGCGCGUGUGAAAAGGGGUGCGAAUGGUCAAAUGCUGUGGCCCUUUUGCUUCACAUGGCUUCCACUAACGUGGAACCGAACACCCUAAGCUACAGUGGUGCAGUAAGCGCCUGUGAAAAAUCAAGCGGAAGUCUUUGGCGUGUUGCCCUUGGCCUCUCUUCCGCCAUGGACAGGGACGUGGUGAGUCACAGCGCAAGCAUCAGCGCUUGUGAAAAGGCCGCGAAGUGGACCAUGGCCUUGGAACUUUUGCUGUUGAUGCCGUUGCUGCGCUUAUUCCCUAACCUAGUGACCUACAAUGCUGCAUUGAGCGCAUGUGAUCGCCAAAGUCAAUGGCGCAGUCUCAUUGUGCUGUUGGAUGCAUUGAUCUCAAAAGAUUUGAAGCCAGAUCUCUUGAGUUUCAAUGCUGCCUUCAGUGCUUGCCGAGGGCAGCCCUGUGCAAAGCUGUUGUUCGACGACAUGGGAAGACAGCAUUUGCAGCAGGGCUCCGAGGGCUCCGAGGGUGCUCUUGCAUUUUUCUGGAUGUUACAGCAGCGACCUUGAAUUUGAAUGUCCCUAUUGUUCUGUGGGCGUUCCCUUCGCUGAGGCCUGACAUGACUACCUAUGCUGCUUUGCAUAUAUCGAACGUGAAUUUCGAGGCACCAGCAAUGUUAACAUCGAUGGAGGAAUGGCAAUUACAAUUGCUGCAAGCCGCUUUCAAAAUGAUAUACAUCUACGUAAACAUGCUCCAAAAAAUGGAGGUAAAAA